GAGGGCGUCGCCGCGACGUCAAAGUGGACCGAGGGAUUCGUUGCAUUCACUUUCUUCGACCACGAGAACAUAGAACGCGCUGAGUGCGCGUUGAAGAACCGAGCGACCAAGAAGCUGAUGGCUUGGGUUGCCGAGGCGCAGGACACGCUUGCGAACGCGCCGCGUGCGUGGAUCGCUGGGGAAGCGAACGUCCUCGCCGAUGCCGGCAGCAGGGCGCCAUGGCAAUCGCGCGUGGGUUCGCACUUGGCUAUCCCUGCGUCGUCGGCCCGGCCAGUUCGGGACUUCGUCGAGAAGCCGUUCGCCCACCCGGACGACCUGCCGCAGAAAAUCGAGCAGCGAAGACGGGACAUGGGAUUGGAACCUUGGGCUGCUGCACCGCCAGGCCGCGGAGCACAGCAGCGUGGCGACGCCCAGUUCGGCACGGGGCCAUUUGACGGGUGUCCAGCUUCGCCCCCAGAGCCUGCGGAGCCGCCGCCAGCGCCUCGACAACCUCCAUGGCUCGCACGCGCGGCUCCCGUCGUGGAGGAGGAGCCGCCGCAGGCGCCAGCUGGCCACCAAGCGCCCCCUCGACCUCCUGGUGGGCACGCCGGGAUGGGCGAGGCGCAGCCCGCUACCGCAGCGCCCCUCCGACCGCCUGGCGGGCACGCCGGGGUGGGCGGAGUUCAGGCCGCCGCCGCGGCGCCCCUCCGACCGCCCGGCGGGCGCGCCGGGAUGGGCGGAGCGCGGCCGGCCGCCGACGCGCCCCCUCGACUGCCUGGCGGGCGCGCCGGGCCAGGCGAGGUGCAACAGCUUGCCGCGGAAGCGCCUGGCCGCCCUGGCGGUCGCGACGUGCCAGCGCCGUCUACGCCGAGCUCACCGACUACAACGGAGACGCGGCUCUCCGACAUCCCCGGGCGCAUGGGGGGGCACAUGGGCCGCGCGGUUGCGCAGCUCAGGCGGCGCGACCGGGACUUCGUGGACAUCGGCGGGGCGUCCGGCAAACAUUUCUUGGAGGUGGGGUCCGGCGACGAGAUCUUGACGCGGUGUGUCCGCGAGAAGGGCCUCGCGGCGACGGGCCCCGUGGACAAGAAGACCGGCUGGGAUUGGACGCGCCGCUCUAGCAUGCAGCGUUUGCGCACCAUGAUCAGGGAAGAGAGGUGCGGCAUGGCGGCCACAGCCACGGACACGUUGACCCGGAAGUCUUGGAGAUGGUUUACCCAUGCGCCUUGGUCAUGGUAUCUGGCCGCGCGGUGCGCGGGGGGCCACGAGCACGCGAAGGGGGGGGGGGGGCGUCUGGCCGCGGCCACGGCCACGCACCCCUGGCAAUUUGGUGUCGCUUACGCCGCGUGCCUCGCUAAGGCCCCGGAGUUCUUGACCGCUCUCCGCGCCGCGCUCGCGCCCUGCCGCCGCCAGAAGCAGGACGUCCAGGUGGUGCGGCGCAGCGCGCUCGACGGCACGCAUCCGGAUUGGCCCUUGGGCGCGGCCGCUGGCGAGCUCGACGUCUCCAGACGGGCGGCGCCCACGCGCGGAGCAGAACGCUACCGGGGCGCCGACGAGGACGAGAUCUACGCACGCCAGCGCGAACACCUCGCCGUCCAAAAGAUCCCGGCGACGAAGGUUACAUAUAUGUACGCGCGGGACGGCAGCGAGUUCUACGCCGUUCAUUUUCGAGAUCCUGUUUUCGACAUUCGCGGCGGCGUAGUAAAGCAGACGAUGCGUUUUAUUGCUUACGGGGAACACCGCCGGGAGAUCUCGGGGAAAGGCAGAGCAGCCGGAUUUUUUUUCACCGCUUAUGCGGCUACGCGCGAAGGUAGUGGACUCGGCAGGUUCGGCCCUGGGAUCGCGAAGCCUACGGGGCACCACGGGGGCGCACGGAACGAGUUCGAGGUCUGGGACGUCGACUGCGCGAGCUCUCUCGCGACGCGGCGCCCCGAUUUCGUGACAUUUGCCCCCGGGGACGUCCAUUGUUGGGGCGCCAUUGCGGUGCGCGAAGAGCCUGGACUUGCUCGUCGCCGUUGCCUUGGACACCCAGUCGGCGAGCAGGAGCUGUUGCACCCCGAGAUCCUUACCUGCGCGGGUGGUUCGACAGGGCGGCUACGGGCGAGUCGCGAUGAGAUCUUAUACGAUUUGCGCGACGAGGUGGAGAAGUACGCCGAGGCCCUCACCGAGUCCGCCGACGCGCGCGACGGUUUGCGGUCUGGCCGCCUUUUCGGUUACCGGGCCG